AUGGAAACUCCUUCAUCAAACAAAGUGAUCAUCAACAACCCAGCAGACAUCUGCGUCAUCCUGGGAUACUUCAUCAUGGUUAUUGGUGUCGGCAUCUGGUCCAUGUUUCGCACCAACCGUGGGACAGUUAGGGGAUAUUUUCUGGCCGGGCGCACUAUGACCUGGGGGCCGGUUGGUGCAUCUUUGUUUGCUAGCAACAUCGGUAGUGGACACUUUGUGGGCUUGGCUGGAACUGCAGCAGCGAGUGGCAUCGCUGUGGGAGGAUUUGAGUGGACUGCUCUGUUCAUCGUGCUGCUGCUUGGCUGGUUGUUUGUACCCGUCUACCUCACAGCUGGGGUAAUCACGAUGCCCCAGUACCUGAAGAAAAGGUUUGGAGGGACCAGGAUCAGCCUCUACCUCUCUGUUGUCUCUUUGUUCCUUUACAUUUUCACCAAAAUCUCAGUGGAUAUGUUUGCAGGAGCGGUGUUUAUCCAGCAGGCUCUGGGGUGGAACAUCUACCUGGCUGUGGUCAGCCUUUUGUGUAUUACAGCCUUGUACACUGUCACAGGUGGCCUGGCUGCUCUGAUGUACACAGACACAGUUCAGACGUUUGUCAUCAUAGUGGGGGCCGUGGUCCUCUCUGGCUUCUCCUUCGCUAAAGUCGGAGGCUACAGCGCCCUGCUGGACAGAUACAGCUCAGCCAUGCCGAGUAACAUCUCCUCGCUGGAUCCUCAGAGCUACAGCAUCCCCACCCACUGCUACACCCCAAGACAGGACGCCUUUAGCCUGCUGAGGGACCCCGUCACAGGAGACCUGCCCUGGCCUGGAAUGCUGUUUGGGAGCUUCAUAGUGGGGAGCUGGUACUGGUGUACUGACCAGGUGAUUGUCCAGAGGUGCCUUGCAGCUCGUAGUCUGACUGAUGUCAAAGCCGGCUGCAUCAUGUGUGGUUACCUGAAAGUGCUGCCAAUGUUCCUCAUGGUGUUCCCUGGCAUGAUCAGUAGAAUCCUCUACCCCGAUGAGGUGGGCUGUGUUGUCCCUGAAGUGUGUAAGGAGGUGUGCGGCACUGCGGUGGGCUGCUCCAACAUCGCCUAUCCAAAGCUGGUGGUGUCAAUCAUGCCAAAUGGUUUGAGAGGCCUGAUGCUGGCAGUGAUGUUGGCCGCUCUCAUGUCGUCUCUGGCCUCCAUCUUUAACAGCAGCAGCACUCUGUUCACUAUGGACAUCUGGACUCGUGUCAGACCACAGGCCACAGAGCGCGAGCUCAUUAUUGUCGGCAGAGUCUGGGUUUUGUGUAUCGUAGCUGUCAGCAUCUGUUGGAUCCCUGUUGUCCAGGCGGCCCAGAGUGGUCAGCUGUUUGAUUACAUCCAGUCCAUCUCCAGUUAUCUGGCCCCACCGAUUGCUGCAGUCUUCCUCCUGGCUGUAUUUAUAAAGAGGAUCAAUGAGACUGGAGCGUUCUGGGGCCUAAUGGGCGGCCUGCUGAUGGGUCUGUGCCGGAUGCUACCAGAGUUCUGGUUUGGGACUGGGAGCUGUAUUUUCCCCUCUGACUGCCCGUUCUUGAUUUGUGGGAUCCACUACCUUCACUUUGCAAUCAUACUCUUCUUCUGUACCUUGGUGCUGGUGCUGCUGAUCAGCUACUGCACUCAGCCCAUAGAGGACCAACACCUUUAUCGCCUGGUGUUCAGCCUGCGUCACUCCAAAGAGGAGAGAAAGGACCUGGACUGGGAGCAGGAGGAGAAAGGGAGGACAGCACGGAGAGAGGCUGAGGGCAAAAUGAGGGAGAAUAACAGCAGAGAAGUGGCUGAAGAGGAGGGAAAGUCUGGGAUCUGUGGUGUGCUCGGCCGGUUCUGUGGUGGGAGUGACAGCACCUCCCAGGUCCAAGCCCAGGACACGCCUGAGGCACCAGAGAAGCUCCCUGAUAUCAGUGAAGCCCCGGUGUGGAAGCACACUGUGGAUUGUAACGCUCUCAUUAUGAUGGCUGUGGCUUGUUUCAUGUGGGGCUAUUAUGCUUAG